UUUCAAUCCAAAUGUUUCCGAGACAAUUCAACGGCCGCGUCUUCUCGGAAGCACCCAGCCAUCAAAAAAAAAUUUUAAAAAAAAUAAAAGAGACAAAUGUACACUGUGUACGAACGAAUCGAGUUUUGAAAUCUACACUUGUUCUUCUAUUCAUCUUGUUGGAUUCUCAUUCUCAUUCGAUCGGAAUUGCGUCUUCUUGCAAUAAAAAUAGUCAAAAGUCUCCUCCUUCCUUCUGUCUCACUCUCUCUCUCUUCGCUUAACAAAAUCUCACAAUUCUCUCUACUUUCUCUUUCUAGAUAGAACACACGGUGUUGCUUUUGAAUUGACUGGACUUUCCACGCACUUGAAUCGACUGUGAUUGAUUGCUUUUUUGUGGGUUUGGAAUUGAUUUAGGGUUUUCUUGUGUUCAAAUUUUGAAAGGGUUGAGGAAUUCACAUUCUGAGGUUGAUGAUUGAAUUGGUUUAGGGUUUAAACUCAGAAAUAAAGAAGCUGCCAUUUGGUUGAAUUUGUGGGUAUUCUGUUUUUCUAGGGAUUUGGAUUUUGGUGGCUAGCUUAGUAAUAUAAACUGAGUUUGGUGAUGGAUGGAUCUCAAGGUGGUUCUAAUGCGCCACCGCCUUUUCUCUCAAAGACGUAUGAGAUGGUGGAUGACUCGGUGACGAACCCUAUUGUUUCAUGGAGUCAGAGUGGCCAGAGCUUCAUUGUUUGGAAUCCACCCGACUUUGCCAGAGAUUUGCUUCCAAAGUACUUCAAGCACAAUAACUUUUCCAGUUUUGUCAGGCAGCUCAACACAUAUGGUUUUAGAAAGAUUGAUCCUGAUCAGUGGGAAUUUGCUAACGAGGAAUUUAUUAGAGGACAGAGACAUCUUCUAAAGAAUAUUCACCGACGCAAGCCAAUCCAUAGUCAUUCUGCGCAGAAUUCUUCUGUUCCAUUAACUGAUUCAGAAAGGCAGGAGUUCGAGGAGGAAAUUGAGAGGCUGAAACAUGAAAAGAGUUUUUUCCAGAUGGAACUACAGAGAUAUGAACAAGAGAAACACGGAUAUGAAUUUCAAGUAAGGUCAUUGGGAGAGCGUCUGAAGACUAUAAAAGACAGACAGAGGCAAAUGAUGGUGUUUUUGGCCCAAGAAUUAGACGAACCCAGGUUUGCCUUCAGUCACAUGCAACCAUCAGAAAUUCAUAAUAAGAAGAGAAGGUUGUUGAUAUCUAAUUACUUAUAUGAUGAAGCCAAUGUGGGAGAGGACCAGCUUAUGACUUUCCAGAAGGAGAACCUAGAUGCUACAUCUGUUCCAGUACUAAAUUUGGAGUUAAUCGAGAAGUUGGAAUCAUCCUUAAAUUUUUGGGAAAAUUUUAUACGUGGAGUCCGUCAAACUUCAAAUGAAGAAAUAUAUGAUUUUGGUGUGCAUCCGCAGCCUUCAUCAGUCAUUAUAACCGAGAUGCACGAAUCUUCUAGAGAUUCUGAUAUGAAUGCUCACCAGUCUUCGCCUCCACUGCAAUCAUCAUCUCCUGAUUCAAGGGAUGUUCAUUCAUCCCCCGAGUUGGCUGUGUCUUCUGCUCAUUUGGAGAACCCUGCCAUCACAUCUAUUGGCCUCAAUGUAGAUGUGUGGUCCAAAUCUUCUGGCAUUGAUGUAAAUUUAAAGCCUGUUGAUGGUCCUGUAGUCAAUGCUUUGAAAGAACGGGUAGAGGGGACAACUCCUCCGGCUGUGGUGACCGGAGCGAAUGAUGUCUUCUGGGAACAGUUUCUGACUGAGACUCCUGGUUCAUCUGACACUCAGGAAGUUCAGUCUGAAAGAAGAGACAUUAAUGGGAUAAGAAGUGAGACUAAGCAGGCAGAUAACCCUAAAUUUUGGCGGAACAUGAAUAAUGUUGAUAACCUAACAGAGCAGAUGGGGCAUCUCACUCCAGGCGAAAGUACUUGAUAUUGGUUCUUUAUUUCUUUCAACAUUGUUAUCUAGAUGGCUGGGUUGUAUAAUUAUUUAACCAAGAGGUCUGAGUGCUUAAGUCAUAUAUCUGUAGAUAUUCCACUUUUUGAGCUCAUUGUAGAGUAGAUAUCAGAUGUAUGGCUUCAGGUUUUGAUGUUGUCAGUGUUUUCUUUUGUUUAUUUGUAUUUUUCCUUUUGUAUGAUAUCUGUGGUUUUGGGAAUUUGUUCAUAUAGUUUCCCUGCAACUUUAAUUGUUCUCAUUUUUCUUUUGAAAUUAUUUAUAUUUCUUUUAUUU